GUAGCUUAGAGGGCGGCAUCAUAUUUGUGCAUUGUUAGUUUUGGGCCAACGUCUUUGAGAACGUACCAAGAACUACAAAUCUGCGGCGAAAAGAGAGUUAGGGUUUAACUUAAGUUGUUGGGUCACGCAAUUGAGGACGGCAGCUUCAGCCUUCAACCAUUCCGAUUAGGACUACUCCCCAAAUUUCUCGUUGAACAUGGCUUUCAAGACCAACACCGUUUCUUCCGCUACUUCUGCUGUUGCAAUUUCUUCCGAAGCUAAGCUCUUUUCCUCUCUAUUUACUCACUCUCCUCCCGUUCCAUCAUCAAAUCCCCAAAUUUCCUCUGCAAAUAAUUCUAAGUCCCUACAUGCAUCACCGGAGCGCAAUUCCUUUCAACACGGGAUUCCAAUGUUCCUACACAAGUGCAAGACAGGUAGCAUCUCUGUAACUCAAGCACACCAAUUCUUUGACCUAAUGAUGCGUUCAAUCUUUUCUUUCAAUCGUUUACUUGCUGGACUUGCUAAGAUUGAGCAUUACUCUCAAGUGUUUUCUCUCUAUAAAGAAAUGCACCUUGCUGGACUUUCGCCCGAUUUACUCACACUGAAUAUAUUGAUUAAUUGCCUUUGUAAUGUGAAUCGGAUUAACGAAGGUCUCGCGGCCAUGGCGGGGAUUAUGAGGAGAGGUUACAUUCCUGAUGAAGUGACAUUUACUACCUUGAUUAAGGGCUUGUGUGUGCAGCAUAGGAUUAUUGAAGCUACUAAGCUAUUUAUGAGAAUGCAAAAGUUAGGUUGCACACCUAAUGUGGUUACUUAUGGAACUUUGAUCAAGGGCCUAUGUGCUAUAGGGAAUAUUAACCUCGCACUUAAGUGGCAUCAAGAAAUGCUCAAUGACACUAGUCCAUAUGUAUUUAAUUGUAGGCCUAAUGUUAUUUCCUACAGUAUCAUCAUAGAUGGGCUUUGUAAGGUUGGAAAUUGGGAGGAGGCUAUAUGUUUAUUCAAUGAGAUGGUGGAUCAAGGUGUUCAACCAAAUGUUGUCACAUUUAGUGUGUUGAUUGAUAUGCUUUGCAAGGAAGGACAGGUUAUCGAAGCUAAGAAGUUGCUAGAGAUGAUGAUUCAGAUUGGUAUUGUUCCUAAUUUGUUUACUUACACUUCAUUGAUUAAGGGGUUUUGUUUGGCUGGUGACUUGAAUAGUGCCAAGGAGUUGUUUGUUAGUAUGCCAAGUAAGGGAUAUGAAGCUGAUGUGAUUAGUUACAAUAUGUUAAUCAAUGGGUAUUGUAAAAACUUGAAAGUGGAAGAAGCAAUGAAGCUUUACAGUGAAAUGCUUCAUGUGGGAAUGUGGCCAGAUAUGAAAACAUCUGGUGUCUUGUUAAAAGCGCUUUUUCUUGCCGGCAAGGUUAAUGAUGCAAAGGAACUAUUUCGUGUCAUUAAACCUUAUGCUAUUCCUGAAGAUUUAUGUAUAUGUUGUAUUUUCUUAGAUGGGUUGUGUAAGAAUGGUUGUUUUUUUGAAGCGAUGAAACUUUUUAAUGAACUAAAAUCUUACAACAUGAAAUUGGACAUUGAAACCUUUGGUUGUCUAAUUGAUGGUCUGUGCAAAGCAGGGAAACUUGAAACUGCUUGGGAGCUAUUUGAUAAACUAUCCAAGGAAGGGAUUCAACCGGAUGCUAUGGCUUAUACCAGUAUGAUCCAUGGGUUUUGUAAGGAGGGACAAGUAGAUAAGGCAAAUAUUUUGUUUCAAAAGAUGGAAGAAAAUGGUUGUUCUCCCGACUUAAUUACUUAUAGUAUCCUUAUGCGUGGUUUCUUCGAGAGUAAUAAAUUAGAGAAGGUGGUUCAACUCCUCCAUAGGAUGAUUGAAAAGGAUGUGUGGCCAGAUGCUGGAAUUUAUGCUAUAGUUGAAGACAUGGUUUGCAAAGAUGAAAAAUAUAAAGAAUGGCUAGACUUGCUUCAAAGCUUUCUUGUCCAAAAGCAUCGGAAUGCCUAUUUAUAGACUUAGAAGCUAUAUGACUUGGAAAUUUCUAGUCAGUUUCGAGAAAGAAUGAAACACAUUGGUUUCCAUUUUCCAUCUCUGUUAUUAAACGAAUAUUUGAGUUAUUCUUCACGAGCAGCAUUCGUAGCGAGUUUGUUAAGAAAUGGAGAGAGAGAGAGAGAGACUGACAGUGGAGUAAUUAUACUUGGGAGAAUAGAAAUCGCAAAUCUUUUCCUAGAAAAGCUCAACCACCAGCGGGGAGGAGCACAUCGAUCCACGACAUUGCAAGUGGGUGUGAGACCGGAGAAAAUAGGGUGUUGUGUGAGAAAAUGUGGAAACGAAAAAGUGCUGAACAACAGACGGACAAAAAGGGAUUUGAGCCUUGAUGCCUCAUUCUAUUCGAAAACCAACAUUAAAGACUCACCUUUGUUUGACACUUUCAAACAUAAUACAUAAGUAUUAGUUUAUUGAUCAACUUCAAAUGCCUAAUUGUUGUAAUGUUUGAAAUGAGGCUGUUUCUUUCUCAAA